UGGAAAGUAUAACUACGUUGAAAAGACAGCUAUUUAAAGCGUUGCUCUUGAGCAUCGUUUUAUCGAUUUUACUAGCAAGAUCACUGAGCUGCUACUACAAGGUAACUACUACCAUUCAAGGUACACGAGCCAAAAUCAAGCAAGCGAACCAAACAAACUGUUGCUGAAGAAUACAAUCCAAGAUGGGAUAUAAAAUGGUAUCAAUGGUACUAUUUCUGUCCCUAGUAUAUUUGUGCUAUAACCAAGCCUUGGUUAGCGGAAAGGUCUACUUUCUGCGCUCAGCCUUCAGACAGAAAUAUCAACUGAGUGACUGCAAUCUGCUGAAAGUGGAUGUUAACAGCCAAGGAGUUCCAAGCGGAUUGUCGUUCACAGCGACGUGCUGUAGCACCCCGAAGCAAAAACAUUUCAAAGUCGUUUUUUCUACUUCAAGUCGAGGACUCACAGCCACAUUUCAAUGGCUACACAAUACCACCUAUUACUUAACAGCAAGAACCACAGGAAAUCCACUGGUUUUGGAGAGACCCCCAUCGAUAACAGACAGUCAGAAAUUCCUCGUCAAAUCAACGCGUACUCCAGGCUGUAUUGACUGCGUGUCCUUACAAUCCAAAGCAACGAACAAGUACUUGGCGACCAGUACUACAGGAGUGGUAACCACCACAACUAACAGGAACCUUAACAGCGUGUUAAUAAGAUUAGACGUUUGUGAUAAGUCUUACAUUGCAAUAUGCAAGUAUAUUAAUAUAAUGUGUUAAGGGACACAUUAACAAUUAAUCCGUGAAACACUAAUUACUAAAUAGU